CAUAUUUGACGUUUGUUUGAUUAAACUGACUAAACUAUUUUUGCAUUGCUAUUUUUGUACUCCGGCGUAGCGUAACGAAUUUAUUUAAGCAUACUGAAAUAACAAACAACUAGAGCCGUUAACGUACAUAUAUCGCACAUGAUUAAGACUGAAUCUGAAAUAACUUUAACGCGUUUCCGUGCAGUUACAGUGUGGUUGCUUGAAGAAAAUGGAUUUAGAUCGAGAUACAUCUAACACCGAUGAGUGUCUCGAGACUGCACUGCAAAUAUUUGACUUCUGCGGUGCCAAGAGUACCGGUACUUUACAUGUGGGUGCACUCAUGGAUAAAUUCGCUCCUUCCGUGAAGACUAACAAUGCUGAAUUUAGCUACCUGAAAACCCUACUAGACCCCAACCAAAGUAAUCCAGAGAUAAAUGUGCCCCAACUGGCCAGCGCACUGAAUGCCUUUACUGACAGUCAGAAGACCAAGCUAGAUCUUGAUGAAAGUUUCAACUUGAAGAGCGGAAUGGGGCCACAGGACUCUGAUUCUGGUAUUUCUAAUGAUGGCUACAUAAUCCUGGAAGAGCUACAAGCCGAGCUGCGCGAGAAAUCCCACUUAGCUGCCAAACUCCGCAGCCAACUGGACUUCACCGACAGACAGCACGAAGAAGCGCUGGCCGCGCUCAGCGCCGAGCGGGACUCGCUGCGCUCACAUCUCAACAUGCUCCGCGACGAAAACAUGACAUUGAGCCACGAGCGCCGCGACUACGAGGAAGCGUGCGAGCGACUAUGCAGCACCGAGCAGGCGCUGGGCGCGGCCUCGCGGGAGCGCGACGCGGCGCAGCGGCGCGCCGCCGCGGCGCGCGGGCAGGCGGCCGCGCUCGAGGCCGAGAAACUAACCCUCCAAGAGCUCCUAAGCAAGUCCAAAGAAGAAUGCCACCGCAUCAACGAGAUGUAUGCGUCACGACAAGCUUCUCUUCUGGAACAAAACGAGCUUCUAAAGCGGGAGAGAGCCGAGCUGGCGGCGCGGCUGCAGGACCAGGAGGAUCUGGUGCAGCAGAUGCUGAAGGAGAAGGUGGUCCUAGAAAUGGAGCUGAAAGACGUCCUGAACCGCUCCAACCAAACACAGCUGCGAAUCGACCGCUCCAUAGACGUGAGCUACACCGAGGACCAGAUGCUGUCAGCUCUGGACAGCCUCAACGUGGACAGCCGGUUUUCUUCAGAUAAUCAUGUGUUAGAAGAAGAUGCUUUCAUUAAAGCGCUUAAAGAUCAGGAGCUUGGACGCGCCUCCAACCUAUCCCUCUUCGACGAGAUUCGACUCAGCUUUUGCAAUAUGUCCCGACUUACACCUGACGCUUCUGGCAAUAUGUCCAAAUCACAAUUAUUUGAAUACAAUGACCGUGGUAACUUAGACACAUCAACUACAGGCACUCAGACUGACGAAUCCAAUGAAAUAACUAAUGGUAACGAAUGUGACUGCACCAAAACGUGCCUCGAAUGUGAUAAGUUACAAAAUGAUUUAGUAAAUGUCCAAAAUGAUCUGAAAACUGCAAAUAACAAUGUGUCUCUCAUGCAAACAGAACUCAUCGAGUGUGAAAAGGAUUUCAAAGAAUUACAAAAGCGCCUUGAUGUUAAAAUCGAGAAAAUAACCUCCGAGACACAAACGGAUGACACAAUAUGUAGUAAUUGUAAGGAGAAAACAGUAGAAUGUAAUAAACUAAAGGACACACGUGCUAAAUUAAGAAUAGACCUUAAGAAGACUCAAAAUAAGGUUUCAAAUGCUGAUAAAGAGUUGAUUAAGUGUCAGUUAAGCUUGAAGACGUUACAAGAUUAUAUAGAUAGUUUAAAAGUGGAACAAUGUGAAACCGGGACGCAGAUAGAUGAUUCAAUGGAAAUUGUACCUUCUAUUGAUAACAAUAACGUCGAAGUUUGCGAUGACUGCACAAAGCAGUGCUUAAACUGUGCCAAAUUACAGGAUUAUACGGCUAAAUUAGAAGGCGACAUAUCUCAAGCAAAUAACAAUUUAGCUAGUAUGCAACUAGAUUUGGACAAAUAUGAGAACACAUUGAAUGUAUUACAAAAAUAUUUAGACGAAGGCGUGAACAAGAAUAACUUUUUAGAGGCAAUGUCACAGAAUUUACAAGCUAAGCUCGACGUGUUAGAAUCUGCAUGCAUCGCUCAGAAGGAGAAAAUCGAGAGUAUGACGCGUGAGGUGUCUUGUAUAGAAAGCCAAACUGACUAUGACGUGGCAUCAGUGGGCACGCAGGCUGCGGUCCCGUGCGCGGCGUGUGAGACAAGGACAGCUGUCGCGCCGCAGCGCAGCAUACGGAGACUUUUGUGGGAGUCCCUCAAAUGCCUGUUCCAAGCGUUCGCCGUGCUGUGCUUCAUCUUCGCGCUGUCGGCGCUGUACGGCGUGACGCGGCGGCGCGGCUGCGGCGCGCGCGAGCUGCCGUGGCGCUGGCUCGACGCGCAGGAGCUCGUGGACCUGCUGCUCAGGAUAGAGUACGUCGCCGAUGUGCCCAUGUGAGCUGUUCUAACACUAGCGUCUCCCGAGCGUCGGCGUCCAGACAACUAUGACUGCUGCUCUGCUGCGCAACUGCGCAGCGACGCCAUUUUCCCUAGCGCAGACUAGCCGCCGACGCUCAAAUGUAUGGCAUCUUUAAUACAAGGGGUAUAAGGCGGGAAGUAGAUUGGCAAUGAAAGCGAGCGUUUAUACACUUAACCUACCUACUAAGGAGCAUGUACGCGGGGGACAAUCCAAAAAUGAUUAGUUGUAAUCCGUGAUGCGACCAUUUUAUAAGUUGCCCGGUGUGAGAAAGACCUAAGAGCGCUCGCGGUCACCGUACAUUUGCGUUCCAUACUAAUAUGGUUCCAAUAUUUCAAUUGAGCUCACGUUUACUACCUAUGUAACUCUGUCGCCUUUUGUAAUGGGGUUUGUUUGCGUCAAAGCCGGUAGUUCUGAUUUUUUGCAGACUUAUUUAUGAUGUUGACUCAAUGAAUAAUCCAAGUUUAUGUAGCGUGCCCUAGUUGCGAAGAGCAGGAAGAAAUAUAGCAUAAAUUGAACCUGGUGAGCCGACUGUUUCCCCCCUCUUUUAUAAACUUUGAAAGGCUUUAUCUCGGAAACUAUUGGAUCUUCAGAGACAAUUCUAUUCUAGCAUUGUAGCAGAUUUAGUCUGCUUUAAUAACGCCUUGAGAAGGUACUAUCAAAAACUAGUCCUUUAGGGUUAUGAUCACCCAAAUCUAAAAAAAAACACGAGGUUUUCGCGGUUUUGUGGAUUUAUUACAAAGUUGCGUUCGGCGCUCGAGGUCACAAACUUGGAUUAUUCAUUGGGCUAACAUCAUAAACAAGUCUGCAAGUAUCAGAACUACCGGAUUUGGCGCAAACGCUAAUGUAUAAAGUUACUGUAUUAUACAAGUAACAAGUAAAAUAGUGCCAAUGUGUGAUGACCGCGGAUCUUUUCUUAAUCUGACAAUUGUAAGUCUUAUUCGCAUUUAUCAAUAAAACUUAUUAUUUGUGGUAAUUUUGAUGACAUUUUUAUCGUGUUCUUGCUUAUAAUAAUUACGGACCUAUAGUUGCACGCGAGUACAUAGUGUGCUCUCUCUAACACUUACUUGCGGUGGGCAGCGUCCUGUCUCUUUUCUAAUUGCUUCACGGGCAGCGAGUGUUCAACGCAACUACAAUUUCAUAGUUUUGUAGUAUGCCUGAUCUAUGAAUGGGAAGAAUUUACUGAAUUGCUAACUGCUCAAAACAAUGAUCUGACCAUAUCGAAAUAGCUUAAAGUAUUCGCGAAACAUCUGAAUAUUAUAAGAUUGAUAAAAUAGUCUUAGACUUAGUAAUAAUUAAAAUAUUAAAACAUUAAUUGCAAUAGUACUGUUCCUAGUAAAAUUUUAUUCAACGUAGACAAUACCCCAGGAGGGUUUAUACCUGUGUUAUUUGAAUGCCUAGGUAUGUCAUUUAAGUAUGACGAAUGUUUAGAUAUAUUCUUUAUGUGAAUCGAAACCAGUUAUAUUUUAAUAAUAUUUGUGAACACCAUAACACUUAGAAUAAUAUUUUAUCUAAUUUAAUUAUUUUAAAAUUUGACUCUUAUAUUUCCAAUGCAUCUUAUUUUGUUGAUUUUUAUGUUUGUGUAGUACCUAUAAUUUGUUUGUAUUAUUCUAAUUUUGAAUGCCACCAAAUAUUCACCUGCAAUUUUUUUUUUCUUAUUUUCUUAUUAUGUUACUUUAUAAUAUAAUUACUUACUUUAUCUCUCUUUAUUUUCAAGUUAUUAAGAAUCUCAAAAUUGUUUCUCAAAUCCUGUAAUUGACUUAGGUAAAUAUAUAGCUGUGAUAAUUCAGUGCCAGUAAAAAUAUAAUCCAACUAAAUUGACCAUUUUUUUUAAGCAAUUCAUUAAAAAACGUGUAUGCGAUUUCUGCAUUAUGGUCUGAGAUUGGUGAAAUAAAUAGUUUUAUUUAGCAUUAAUCUUAGUUUAGGAAAAACUGCCAAAUAUGUAACAAUGUGAAUGAAGAAUUUAAGCUUAAUAUUGAAAUGAUACUAUUAGUUUAAUCUUACGAAUUAGCAUAUAAUGCAUGGAACAAUAUGGAACCUUUAAAAUUAUCUAAUAUCUUAUCUAUCUAAAUAUAUCUUUUAGUUAAUAUUCACAACUAUACUUCGUUUUUUUAGUAUUGGAAAAAAGGUAAAUAAUCUUGACGUCUUUUUAUUGAACAUUAUUGAAAACCCAUUUUAAAAUUUAGUUUGUAUUACUUAUGAAAGCAAAAUAAUGUAUAAUCGUAUAUGAUUUAUAAUUGUUACAUAUUUGCUGUGACUUAUUUUAGAAAAGUGUUUUUAAUAAAAAGCUUACCUUCAUUCUAAUGCAAAAAAACGAACUAUAACAUACUUCCAGAAAAACUCCACUAAAACUAAUUCAACGAUCACCUACGUUUACGACUUACCUAGUUUUGAAAUAAUUAUAUAUGUUGUUGGAUACAUUGUUACGUUUGUGCAUGAAUCGAUUACUAGAAUAAUUUUGUCAGUCAUAGAAAUAUCGCGAAAGUUCUUUAAUUAUAUCGAAAUGCAUAUUGUUCCAUAAUAAUUCUGAAAUUUUAAGUAUAAGGGCAUUUAUAACUGCAUUUAUUGUGACUAGACUAGGUUUAAAAUUUUAAGACAAAUGUAACCAGAGUUGUGCAAUUUUAUAUCCAAUUUAAUCGCUCAUAUAUUGUAACUUUAAAAAAAUAAAAAAAGUUCGAUUUUAAAGUUAUAAUGUAUACAACGAAGUAUGUAUGUAACAUUAUCAUUAAUCAUUUUAAUAAACGAUUUUAUAAAUAAC